AUGUCUUUGAUUUAUGUUGUCAUUGUAAGAGAAAACAAUAUAACACUUGUUGAUUAUGAAUCUGUAACCAGUAAUUUCCCUUCUUUAGCAAAAAAACUAUUUGAUAAACUAAAAAAAAACACUCGUUAAACAUUUGUUUAUGAUUAAAAGUAAUUAGUAAAUAUAGAAUAAAUACUAGUUAUCAUUUCCAUUACAUAAAUGAAAAUGAUUUUACUUACUUAUGUUUAGCAGAUGCAUAUUUGUCAAAAGCUACUGCCUUUGCAUUUUUAGAAGAAAUUAAAGAAUCAUUUUGUUAGAAAUUUAGUGAAAAUUUGAGAAAAUAAGCUAUUAAUUAUGGAAUGCAAUAAUAAUUUGUAGAGUAUUUAAAAGACAAGAUGGUAUCAAUAUUAUUUUGCAAUAUUACAGUUUUAUUAUAAUAAUGAUCCAGAAAAUGAAAAAAUUGUUAGAUUAAAAAAUUAAUUGACAGAUGUAGCUAAUUAAAUGUCUUUGACUUUAGGUAUUAUAUAUAAUUAUUAUAUCAUAGACUAAAUCUUAGAUAGAGAAGAUUAAGUUUAGAUUUUAGUACAUUCUACUUAAACUAUGAAUAAAUAUGCAGAUACUAUGAAAACAACAGUAAAUAAAUCUUAUUAUCAAUCAAGGCAACAUAAGUCAGAAAAGAUUAAGAAAGUAGGGUAUUAAGAACAAGACUAUUUAUUGCUGCAGUUAUUGUUACUAUGUUUUUAGUCAUUUAUUUGCUCUAUUGA